UGACGCGCGCAGGCGCAGGAAGGGCGCAGAUCUGAGUCUGGUAGUGCCCGAGCUACUGUGGCUGGAGAGGAGUGAUCGGAAUUGCUUGAAUAUCCACAUUUCAGUUUGUGUGCCUGUCAAGAGUUUUAACUCAUCAUGGAUAAUCUGUCAUCAGAAGAAAUUCAGUUGAGGGCUCACCAGGUUACUGAUGAGUCUCUGGAAAGUACAAGAAGAAUCCUGGGUUUGGCCAUCGAGUCUCAGGAUGCAGGAAUCAAGACUAUCACUAUGCUGGAUGAACAAGGGGAACAACUAAACCGCAUAGAAGAAGGCAUGGACCAAAUAAAUAAAGACAUGAGAGAGGCAGAGAAGACUUUAACAGAACUCAACAAGUGCUGUGGCCUUUGUGUCUGCCCAUGUAAUCGAUUCUCAGAUGUUGAUUGUUUCUAUCAAGUCAGGACAAAGAACUUUGAGUCUGGUAAGGCCUAUAAGGCAACGUGGGGAGAUGGUGGAGACAACGCUUCUAGCAACGUAGUAUCUAAACAGCCAGGCCGGGUGACAAAUGGUCAGCCUCAGCAAGCAACCACAGGAGCAGCAGGUGGUGGAUACAUUAAACGCAUAACAAAUGAUGCCAGAGAAGAUGAAAUGGAAGAGAAUCUGACUCAAGUGGGCAGUAUCCUAGGAAAUCUGAAAAACAUGGCCUUGGACAUGGGCAAUGAGAUUGAGGCUCAAAAUCAACAAAUACAACGGAUCUCAGAAAAGGCUGACACCAACAAAGAUCGGAUUGAUAUUGCCAAUGCCAGAGCAAAGAAACUCAUUGACAGCUAAAGUACCGCUGCACUUCGUUACCAUUUAUUCACUUGCCUAGCUCUCCCCUCAGAGUCAUUGCCUUUUCAGAGUCUGAAAUUUUGGUUCCACACUCUUCUAAUCAAGAGAUAAUGUGGAGGAAGGGCUGCUGCUCCACCUUCCUUCCAGUAUUUCCUUUCUCGGUUUAUACUCUUAGCUUGGUUUUUAUACAUGACAUAUGGCUUUGUUUUUCACCCUCCACACUUACUGUAGCAGGCCCUUCUGCUUUCAAGAUUUGGAAGCAUUGCCAAAGACAGCCAUGAGAAAGGAAGGUAGGGGUGGGGGAGUACCAGAAGGAGAAAUAAGAGAAAAAAGGUUGUUACCUCAGUAAAACUUUCAGGCCGUUAAGCAAAAAGUUGCAUAGCCACAGUGAAGAUCUAGUUGGGUUUAGAUUUUAAGUUGCAGUUACUGCCAAUUUAGGCGAACACUUGGUUUGUGAGCUUUUAUAUACAAUGUUUUUGUUAUACAUCAAACUUUGCAACCUCUGCCUCAGAAAAGAAUAGAUUGAGUUUUCUUAAAGUGAGCUUAAUUCCUGAACUCUUGGUGAUUCAUAUGUACAUAGAUUCUGUGAUCACAUUUCAUAUGUACCAUACAGGAACAGUUUGUACAAAUGAAUGGCUUUUUAUUUUCAUAUUAUUAGUAUCAUGUUUGCAAUUCAAGCCUAUUAACCUCAUAAAUUUGUCACUAGUCUUUGAAGGAAAAUAUGUAAAUAUGUAUGUGUAACAGGAGACUUUCUCUAAAGCAGGGCUUAAAAUUUUGGGGGAAAAUUUGACAAAAUAUGUCACAUGAUUUCAGAUUUACCUCAAUGCCAAGAAUUAUGUUUAGAUAGGGAAAAUAAACUUGUUUUGAUCUCAGGUAGAAAAAUUAUUAGAUUGCUUUGAGUUUUAUAUAGAUUUAGACUCUUAAAAAGCUAGAAUUGUUUAACUAAAAGUGAUUUGGAAAAUUAUGCCUUUGGUUUGAUUAUUUAUGAUUGCAGUCUCCAUCUCUUAGCCUUGUGUAUUGAACUCAUGUUCAGUCACAUGUUUAUUCAGGAAUCAUGCUUAUUUAGGCCCUCAGCAGUGUUACAAGAAUCCCAUCGCUAUUUGUCACCUUUAUUUAAAAGCUAGUACCUGCACACUUCAAAGCUGUUAAUGUGGAUUUGUUUAACCAAUAACCACUGCUUGAUCCUUACAAUUAAAUUUUGUAACUAAUAGAAUUGUUCUUUCAAAUAGG